ACGCCGCCAUUUUCCAUGCCAAUAGAAGCUAUAGCAGACGAAAUGAAGCAUCUGGAGUGUGAUGACAUGGAACUGACUUGUAAUGUUCCCCCUGUCAGCCCUUCACCCAAAAAGGUGGAAACAUCAGGUGGAGCAGAGCAGCAGACUAUGGAAGUCUACCUAAGAGUCAGACCUUUCUCUAAAGACGAACUCUCUGACAAUGAAGAUCAGCAUUGUGUAGUGAUUGAAAACAACCAGAUGGUGACGCUGCAGGCCCCAAAAGGUUCAGCCACCAUGAAGAGCAGUGAGAAGGGAAUUGGCAUGUCCCUCCACAAGUUCUGCUUCUCCCAGAUUUAUGGCCCAGCAACAACCCAGGCUGAGCUGUAUAAGCACACCGUCAAGAGUCAACUGUCGGGUUUCCUAGAUGGCGAGAAUGCGCUGAUCUUCAGCUACGGUGUCACCAACGCCGGGAAAACCUUCACCAUCCAAGGAACUUCAAAAGAGCCAGGAAUACUACCUCGAGUGCUGGAUGCCACGUUUCAGUAUAUCGCGGGGCGCCAGUAUGAGGGGAUGGACCUUAAGCCCUACCUGAGGAAUGAUGCUCAGUGCCUGGAUCUUGAUCAAGUCAAGCAGGAGAAAGGCACAAAAGCGGCCAUUUUUGCAUCUUUCAAGGAGGAGUGUGACCCCUUCAGAGGCAGUCGUGGAUCAGAGUCAUUGUCCUGUUAUGUCCCUCAUCGCGCUUUGUCUGACAAUCACACAGAGUUUGCAAGCACUGUGACAGCAGAAGGCAGCUGUCAAUUUGCUCUGUGGGUGGCGUUCUUUGAAAUCUACAACGAAUGUGUCUAUGAUCUCCUCCAACCGUCCUGCUCCAAGUCCAAGAAACGUGCUGCUCUCCGCGUAUGUGAUGACGGCGCCGGCAACGCUUAUGUUAAAGAUCUUCGAUGGAUCAACGUCCAGAGUUUGGGUGAAGCCUGCAAACUCCUCUACUUUGGAAACAAAAACAGAAGCGCUGCCGCCACAAAGAUGAACCAAUCGUCCAGCAGAAGCCACAGCAUAUUUACCAUGAAGCUGCUGAAGAUAGACAGCAGCACAGUUCAAAGGAUGUCAGAGUUUUCUCUGUGUGAUUUGGCUGGUUCCGAAAGAUGCAACAAAACCAAAACCUUUGGAGAGAGGCUAAAGGAGGCGGGAAACAUUAACAACUCUCUGCUUAUCCUGGGGAAGUGCAUCACAGCCCUGCGUAACAGUCAAGCUGACAGAAUGAAGAGCAGCUACAUCCCUUUUCGAGAGAGCAAGCUCACCAAGCUCUUCCAGGCCGUCUUCUGUGGCAAAGGAAGGGCGUCAAUGAUUGUCAACAUCAACCAGUGUGCUUCCACCUAUGACGAGACACUCCAUGUCAUGAAGUUCUCUGCUGUAGCCAAACAGGUGGUGCAGGUGAUCCCAAACAAACCUGUGGAAUCUCUGUCUCCGUGCCUGGUGGGUCCCAAUGGCAAACCCCUGGUAAAGAAUGGCGUGGUUGGCAAGCACGCCCUGGAAAACUGUACAUCUGACGACGAGCUGCUGAGUGACGAAGAUGAGGCCGAUGUGUCCGUACUGCCACAGAACGAGCUGCUGAACAUGAUUGAAAGCCUCCGAACAAAACUGCUGGCUGAGCGAAGAAGAAACCUGGAACAGGAGAUGGAGAUCCGUAAAGAAAUGGGCGACGCCAUGUUACAGCAGCUCAUGGAGAGCGAGGAACUCCGCAGCCGACAGAUUGAAGAGCUGAAGGAGAGCUACGAAGAAAAGUUGGAGCACACUUUUGACAUGUACAAGGACGCCAUUAAAGAGCAUGCGUACAUCAGUGCAAUGAACGACCUAGAAGACAACUACGUGCCUCUUGAUGAGUUCAUUGCAGAGGAGGAAAAAGUUGAGGCCCUCAAGCAACAGCUGUCACAGUUGUCGUGUGGUUCCCGACUGGCUGCGGUUACAACGGUGCACGCGUCAAGUCAAACUCAACCAUCCAAAGACUUUGAAGCAGCAGGGGAUGAUCGUUUUAAACGUCUCCACAAAGAGAAAGACGCCAUUGAACGGAUGUGUGAGGACAAGCAACGGUUGAUAUUGUCCUUGGAGAAACGGCUGAUGGAGCUCAGUGAAUCGCUUCAGAAGGUUGGAGACAGCUUUUUGGAGAAAUCCGCUGAGGUUGAGGUCCUACAGGCAAAGGCUUGUGAUCAGACACAAUCAAUGGAGGAACUUAUGUGUCAGUCUUUGGAAAAGGACAAAGAAAUUACCUCCCUUAAGGCAGAAAUCUCCAAGCUUGCUCGAAAGUCGCCUGUACAGGCCAAAACCAAGAAAGGCCUUCUUGCCAACAUCAGGGAAGCUGUCACUUCUCCUCGAAAGGCAGGAAGCGGUCGGACGCUAAAAAAGCGUUAGGACUCCACACCACUGAGCCUUGCAUCUUAAACUUUUU